AUGAAAUUACAUGCGGAAUUCAAACAAGACGGUAUAAAUGACUUUUCAUAUAUACUGAAAGGACUUAAAGAAUUCUGUUCUUUUUCAAUUGAAACCUCUUUUUUGUGUUUUAAGUUUUCGGAAAAAUAUUUAUUAAUUUUUGGCAAUGAAAAGAGGCAUGUAGAAAUAUUGAUAAAAAUUAGUAUGAAUGAUUUAUUUUAUGAAAAUUUUAUUUUAAAAAGCAAUUCGAACAAUGAAAUAAUUAUACUGGUAUAUAUAUAUCAAAUAUAUGAUAUUUUUAAGAAUAUAUCUAAAAAUACAAAAAUUACAAUUGAUUUAUUUGAAAAGAAUGGAAUUUGCAUAUUAUUAUUUAAACAUCAUUGUAAUGUUACAGAUGCUUUUAAAAAAUAUGAAUGUGGAGUAGAAAUUAUUAAUCCAUCAUUAACCAAAUUUCCAGAUAUAAAAAUGCAUAAAAAUUCCAUAUAUAUUAAUUGCAAAUUAAAAAAAUGUUGUAAAAUUUUAAAUACUUAUUCCAAGUUUUAUUCAGAUAAAAUUGAAUUAAUAUUUGAAAUUGUAAAUAAAAACUGUGAUAUUAUUUUUCUUAUGGAUUCGAUAACUACAAAAAAUGUAACUACAUUAAAAAAUAAUUAUGUUUUAAAAAAUGUAAUAGACACCAAAAAAAAAAAAAAUAUAGGUGAAACAUAUAAAAAUAACGAUAAUCCCGAUUUGAAAAAGGUGGUAUAUAUUAAAACAUUAACAAAAGCUUUAAAUAUUCUUAAUGAAUGCCGAAAUAAUAAAGAUGAUAUUGGCAUUUUUAAAUUUAUUGUACCCGAUAAUAAAUGUUGGUUUGCACUCAAAUUGGGGCAAUUUGAAUCCUCAGGGAAUUGGACCGUCCUCAUCAUCAUUACUGAUCUUAAAUUUAAUCAAUAA